GACAGUAUUUAAGAGCUGCAUAUUUUUUGUAACCCCUACUAAUGGACGAGGUUAAAUUGCUCUUUUUUGGGGGCCUAAAUUGCUCUAAAACGGACAAACAAACCUCUGACGUCAUCCCAGUGCGCUGCUACUCGAAAGGAGGAGGCAGAUGCAUCUUCGAAACAACAGACCACUGUCGUCUAGCUACGACCUCAAUUUCGUCUGAAACUGCGGCACAGCGGCUGCUGGGAUGCCACAGAAGUUCCAGGGUGAGAACUCCAAGGCGGAGGCCAAAGCAGUGGCUGGCGACCGAAAGAAGGUGGGCGAGGCUCUGUGGCGGGAAACCGACAAACAUGUACUCAAAAAAGAGCACAGAAAGGACAACAAGGAGAAGAUGGACCUGUUGGAAAGGAACAAGGAAACGCAUCCACUUCUGGACCAGGAGAACGCCAAACUGAAAAGCAAACCCCUGAAGGAUAGCGGAAGUGGUGUAAAAGUGACUCGGGCCCAGAUCGACGAGGCCAUUCAGAACGCCCAGCAGCCCCUGGAGCUCAAGGCACAACAACGUAAGCCGCAAGAAGACGUCAUUGUCAAAGUUCUAGACGACACAGACUUCAUUAACCUCUCCAACGAGGAGAGCGAAGAAGAGUACGAGCCGCCCAUCAAAAAGAGGAUCCCGCAACCCGAAGCGUGGUUUAGGAAAUUUGGGGCCAUGCACAUGCCAGAGAUGGUCGACUGCAGCCAUGCCGAGAGGUGCCGGAACCAAGGGUGCAAAAGCAAGACGUACAUGCGGUGCAUCAGCUGCAGGAUGUUCCUCUGCAUUACGAAGAAGAGAAACUGCUUCCUGGAGUACCAUAGAUAAGAACUGAACAAAUGAAGAACAGCAAUAGGAGGGGAAGGAGUUAACGUAAUUAAAACUGUACUACCUAGGACUGUUGUUGAUAGGACCUGAACACCUAUGACUGAAAAAUGCAAACCUUUUUCCAGUACAGUGAUGCUAGUCUUAAAGGACAAACAUAUGAAGGCUUGUACGUUGUGUGUGAUGUAAUGCCAAACAUUUUGUUCAGUAGUUUAACAAAAGACAACAGGCCAAAUGGUCAAAUGUCUACAAAUGAACACUCUUUGUUUUUUGUCAGCCUAUUAUGAUUCCUUUGUGUUACAAUAACAUGGUUAUGUUGCCCACUACAGUAAACAUGUAUGAUCUAAAACACUUUUUUUAAAUAAAGUUCAAAAUUGUG